AUGUCUGGAAACACGGCCGCGCUACGCACGCAUUUUCGGCCCGGCGGCCGCGAGAUUCAGUCCGAAAACAGGCCACCAAACCCACACAAGCAGCCCGACUCGGCUCUCGCUGCCAGCUUCGCCGCCAGAUGGCUCCACCGGCGCUGCCGUAAAAUAACAAAAGCGGCGCGAAAAGCUGGGCAGCGCCACCGCGCGCCUCCCGGCUCACCCAGCGAGGGGGCAGCACCGGCCAAUCGCGAGCCGGCUCGCCGCGUUCGCGCCAAUCACCGAGCGGCGCUGACCCGCGGCGGGAAGUCUGCGCUGCGGCCUACUUCUCCCUCGAAUCGACUGCUGCCGCGCCGAAUGGGCGAAUUUUGGCGGAGCCGCGUGGAAAGUGUCGCCCUGUCGCUGGUCAGGGAGUUCCUGGCCACCAAGGGCUUUCAUGGCGUGCUGCUGACGAUGGACGUGGAGGUGCCGCGCGGCCCGCACUCCAUCAACAGCAGACACUCGCUGGCGGCGGCCGUCGGCCUCCGGAGGCGGCCCCCCAAAGGAGACGGAAGCAUUCUCGAGGCGUUGCUCAAAAAAUCGCUGCCGCCAGUGGAAGAAAGCGGCGCGAAUCACGAGCCACGCACCGACGACUCGCCGGCAAAAGUAGCAGCAGCGCCGCCGGAAUCGUUUUUCCAGGCGGACGAGGAUCAGAUGGUUGUUAGCGAGUCGAAUAGCUCCUCUGAAAAUCAACCAGAAACCGAUGCGAAUCUGGAUUUAGCGGAUUUAACCGAGGAAGGGCCAAUUGUUGAGACUGAUGUUGUUGUUUCCAAUUUAUUAGACGCACAGGAAGAAUCGAUUGAAGCCGCAGAAAUAAACUGUGAUACGAAUAGUGCUGCGCCCGCAGCUGACGAUUCGUCGCGGACAAAGCAACUGUCAAACGCACCCUCGCCAAAUAAAAUACUAAUAUCUUCCGCGUGCCGAACGCAACUGCCAAUAAAUAAAACGAGAUUCGUCCCCCGUGCUCCGCCUGCUGUUGCUGGCCCGAAAAAUGAUGAAAAACCCGUCGAGGAAUUUAUCGAAGAAGCCAUUCCGAUGGCACCUGUGACAGAAAACAACCUGGGAACGCGCCCUUUGACCCUUCCCUCGGCCAUGGAGCUGAAGAGCGUGCUCCUUGGCACCCCUGAGGGGCAGUUCUUCAAAGAUUGGCGGGAAAGCGAGCUUUUCGUCUCUGCAGAUAAAUUCCGAGACGCUACUGAGAGUGGAAUCAGUGGUGUAUUGGCGGUGUUGCAAGGGUUCGUGGCCAAGGAAAUGACCUUCUGCAGGGUGGCAGACGAGGAAGAAGCCUUUGUUACCGCCGUUGCUCAAAUUCUCUGGCAGAGUGGACAGAAUGCGCAUGCCUGCCUUGCAAUCUGCGGCGAGGAGGAGCGUUUGGUGGGCUGCGGCCGCUACCGGCGGGACGGACUGACCGAGGCGAUGCUGGUUCUGCAUUUGGGAUCAGCCGACGAGACGCGGGCGGCCGUGCAGCGCCACGCCGACCAGCUGAGAGCCCCUGGCGGCCUGCUCCUUCUGGUCGCCUCGCUCGUUCUCUCCAAGGGCCUGGACGAGUUUAGGGGGCGGGCGCCGCUGCUGAGCAAGGCCAACGUGUGCCUGGUAAAUCUCACGCUGACCGGCAGGCUGGACAUGCGCGAGGCCAAGCAGCGGGCACAGGUUGGACUCCUCUCCCUCGCGGAACACUACGGACACCUCAAGGUGCCGUCGUGCCUGAAAACGCCGCGGUGGCCCGUUUGGGUGGUGGAAUUGGGGCCAGAUAAGUAUUCCGUGAUUUUAUCGACGAAUGCCAAGCUGGUGGCCGACUGGAGGGCCGAGCUCGCCUUCCGACUCCAGAUCUAUGACGCCGACGGCAUCAAAAACGCCGCAAUCACGACUGGUGGGGAACUCAACGAGGAGGAAGAGAAGGCUGCGUCGUACCUGGAGAUGACCAUCAGGACCAAGUGGAGUGGGGCUCAAAUCCAAUGGAUUCCAAAAUGAAUGCUGAAUUGAAAUUGAAACUGCCGAAUUUACUACUUUUGCACUACCUUAUAAUUGUAAUUCGUCCUGGUCCCGGCAAAAUUGCGUAACUUUCAACAACCAAACGCGAAUUUCCUUGUUGCAAGAAAAGGUCAACAAUCAAUUCGACAAUGAAAAUUUGGGUGUUUGUUGAACGUUGCGCAAUUUUGCCGCGACCAGGACGAA